UGAGGCUGCAGUUCAUGAAAGACCUUAAGCUAAGUGAGGAGGAGGAAAGAUAGCAUGGUUAACUGGAGCUAGGCCUUGUUAUAGGGUCGUUGUAACUUUUGAAAUAGCAAGAGAGUUCAUGUAGACCUUUUCUGGAAAUUGGCCAUUGCACUGUCCGCCUAGGUCCUAGAUGUGACAGGAGGAAUCUUAAGGCCUCAUUUUCUAGUCUCUUUAUAUUCAGUUCUAAGUUGUCCAUUAUCUUGCUUUAGUAAUCGUUUAAAAUUGCUAGACACUUAAGAUGUUGGGGAAACGUAAGCGUGUAGUGUUGACAAUUAAGGACAAGCUUGACAUUAUUAAGAAACUUGAGGAAGGCAUCUCUUUCAAAAAACUUUCUGUGGUAUAUGGAAUCGGCGAAUCCACAGUUCGUGAUAUUAAAAAGAACAAAGAAAGGAUUAUAAACUAUGCAAACAGUUCAGAUCCUACUAGUGGAGUAUCUAAACGCAAAUCAAUGAAGUCAUCGACAUACGAGGAGCUUGAUAGAGUUAUGAUAGAGUGGUUUAACCAACAAAAAACAAAUGGGAUUCCAGUAUCUGGAACGAUUUGUGCAAAACAAGCCAAGUUCUUUUUUGAUGCUCUGGGGAUGGAAGGUGAUUUUAAUGCAUCAUCUGGCUGGCUAACUCGAUUUAAGCAGCGCCAUGGUAUUCCAAAGGCUGCUGGUAAAGGAACAAAAUUAAAAGGAGAUGAAACUGCUGCCAUUGAAUUUUGUGGUAACUUUCAGGAAUUUGUUGAGAGAGAGAAUCUACAACCAGAGCAAAUUUAUGGUGCUGAUCAAACUGGACUGUUCUGGAAAUGUCUACCAUCAAGGACGUUAGCUCUUGAAACUGAGCAAAGUAAUUCUGGGUAUAGGUCAAGUAGAGAGAGAAUCAUUAUUAUGUGUUGUGCAAAUGCCACGGGUUUACACAAACUUAAUCUUUGUGUUGUGGGGAAGGCUAAAAAACCCCGUGCAUUUAAGGGAACUGACCUUUCAAACCUUCCUGUCACCUAUUUCAGUCAGAAGGGUGCAUGGAUAGAACAAUCUGUUUUCAGACAGUGGUUUGAAAAAUAUUUUGUGCCACAGGUACAGAAGCAUUUGAAAUCCCAGGGGCUUCUAGAAAAAGCAGUACUGCUUUUAGAUUUCCCCCCAGCACAUCCAAAUGAAGAACUGUUGAGUUCAGAUGAUGGCAGAAUAAUUGUGAAAUAUUUGCCACCAAAUGUCACAAGUCUACUUCAACCUAUGAGCCAGGGAGUUCUAGCCACUGUAAAAAGAUACUACCGAGCAGGACUUCUCCAGAAAUAUGUGGAUGAAGGAAUCGACCCAAAAAUGUUUUGGAAGAACCUGACAGUGUUGGAUGCAAUUUAUGAAGUGUCAAGAGCUUGGAACAUGGUAAAAUCAAGUACCAUAACCAGAGCGUGGAAGAAACUUUUUCCUGGCAGUGAAGAGAAUUCAGGCAUGAACAUUGAUGAAGGAGCCAUUUUAGCAGCUAAUUUAGCAACGGUUUUACAGAAUACAGAAGAAUGUGAACACGUUGACAUUGAGAAUAUUGAUCAGUGGUUUGACUCUCGGAGUAAUGAAUCAAGCUGUCAAGUGCUAACUGACAGUGAAAGUGCUGAGGACCAGACCAAGGCUGCUGAGCAAAAGCCUUCCAAUAAGACUAGAAAGACAGAACUGAAUCCUGAGAAGCAUAUUAGCCAUAAAGCUGCACUUGAAUGGACUGAAAAUUUACUGGAUUAUCUGGAACAACAAGAUGACAUGCUGCUGUCUGAUAAAUUGGUAUUAAGGAGACUUCGAACCAUAAUAAGAAGGAAACAGAAGAUCCAAAAUAACAAAAAUCAUUAAUAGGGCUCUUAAGUGUUUCAGUGUAUUUGCAUCUUUGUGACUGUCUAUCUGCAGUAAAACUUACUUUGUUUGAAGUCCUGUGGAUUCCAAGGCCAAAUACAUUUUAUAAAUGAUUUUAGGGUUAGAGGCCAUUUUGGAUUACUUAAAUUACAGUUCUCUAAUGUUAACUCUAGUCAUUGAGCAUUGAUGUGUAAUUUCUCUGUCUACUGUUUCUAAUAUGUGUUAUACUGAUUAGAUUAUAAGAUACCUGAGGCCAGGGAUCUUGUGUCUGCUUUGUGCCUGAAUUUCAAUGUAUCUAAUAAAGGGUCAUGCACACUAUAGGCACUCAAUAAAUCUUACUUAAAUUGAAUUUUUAUGAUUUUGCUCUGAA